AUGGAUAGUUUCCUCUUCACCUCGGAAUCAGUAAACGAAGGCCACCCCGACAAGCUGUGUGACCAGGUUUCAGAUGCCAUCCUCGAUGCAUGUUUGGAGCAAGACCCAGAGAGCAAGGUUGCCUGUGAGACCUGUACAAAAACUAACAUGGUUAUGGUCUUUGGUGAGAUCACAACCAAGGCCAAUGUGAACUACGAAAAAAUAGUUCGAGACACUUGCAGAGGCAUUGGGUUCGUGUCAGCGGAUGUUGGUCUUGAUGCUGACAACUGCAAAGUUCUAGUCAACAUUGAGCAACAGAGCCCUGAUAUUGCUCAAGGAGUUCAUGGUCACAUGACCAAAAAACCCGAGGAAAUUGGGGCAGGUGACCAAGGCCACAUGUUUGGCUAUGCCACAGAUGAAACACCUGAGCUAAUGCCACUAACUCAUGUGCUUGCAACCAAACUUGGUGCCAGGCUCACUGAAGUGAGAAAGAACAAAACAUGCCCAUGGCUGAGGCCAGAUGGUAAAACCCAAGUGACCGUUGAGUACAAGAACGAUAAUGGAGCCAUGGUCCCUAUCCGUGUGCACACGGUUCUCAUCUCAACUCAGCACGACGAAUCCGUCACAAAUGAACAGAUUGCAGAACAAUUGAAAGAGCAUGUGGUCAAACCUGUGAUCCCAGCUAAAUACCUUGAUGACAAAACUAUUUUCCACCUCAACCCCUCUGGAAGGUUUGUCAUUGGGGGACCCCAUGGAGAUGCAGGACUCACUGGGAGGAAGAUCAUUAUUGAUACCUAUGGUGGUUGGGGUGCUCAUGGUGGAGGUGCCUUCUCUGGCAAGGACCCAACCAAGGUGGACAGGAGUGGUGCAUACAUUGUUAGGCAAGCAGCCAAGAGUGUGGUAGCUUCAGGGCUCGCACGGCGUUGCAUUGUGCAGGUGUCUUAUGCAAUUGGAGUCCCAGAGCCAUUGUCAGUGUUUGUAGACACAUACCAAACAGGAAAGAUUCCUGACAAGGACAUCUUGGCUCUCAUUAAGGAGAAUUUUGACUUCAGGCCAGGAAUGAUUGCCAUCAACCUUGACCUCAUGAGAGGAGGCAACUUCAGGUACCAGAAAACUGCUGCUUAUGGACAUUUUGGACGUGAUGAUCCUGAUUUUACUUGGGAAACCGUGAAGAGUCUCAAGCCUAAGGCUUGA